AUGAUCGCAAAGUCAUCACCCAACUCUCGAACCGUGUUUGUUACCAGGUCUCUGUGGACGUUGACCGUUAGUCAAGUAAGCAUCAUCGAGAAGGCGUUCGGUCUCAGCAGCUCGGAGACGGGGUGGCUCUUCACCAUAUGGGAGAUCGGAUACGUCAUCUGCACCGUGUUCGCCAGCUACUUCGGACCCAGGGUGCAUCAAACCAGAGCUAUUGGGUUCUUUAAUAUCGUGUGCGGACUUUCGGCAUUCCUCUUUGCCUUGCCGCACUUCGUCGCGUUUAAGGACGGAGUCGAGUACAUAAACGGUCAUAAUAGAAGCACUGGCCUGAAAACUGACGACUUCAAUGCGGAUAAGUUAUGCGCACCACACCAGAACACUUCUGCGCUUGACAAGGACAUGAGUGACGGGUUCGGCCAGAAGAAGGUGUCCGCGCAGUCGAACAAGGUUCUUGCGUUCGCGCUGUUCAACGUUGCGAUGAUCCUGCAAGGCGUUGGCAAGGCGCCCUGUUACCCGUACUCGGCUCAAUACGUGGAUGAUAAUGUCGACCAGGCGAAAACUGGAUUCUACAUAGAGACGCCGCUGUCCUCGAAAGACCCGAGGUACAUUGGCGCAUGGUGGCUGGGCUUUAUCAUCCUUGGCGUGGCGACUUUGGCUAUUUCUGUGCCAAUGUUCUUCUUUCCGAGGCGUCUGGGACACGACAAAACCGAUCAGAUGCAGAAAGUUGCAGCGUCCGCCAGCAGUCAUCGUGAAGUCGGGACUUUGAAGGCUGAACUUAAAUAUGUUGCCGUGACGUUGUUGUCCAUCGGAAAGUCAAUCGUGUACGUUUUCACCUUGAUUGCCGCAUGCUUCAAUGUCCUGUCAGUGUCCAUUUUUCUGGGCUUCGAACCAAAAUACAUGGAGACACAGUUCAGCGUCCCGUCUUCGACAGCCAGCAUUUUUGUUGGUGUUAUGAGCAUUGCCGCCUUAAGCAUUGGCACCUUGCUAGGUGGAGUGGUCACCCGCCGGGGUAACACGACGCCGUUCCGACUGAUCCUCACGAUCAUCGGCCUCUGGGUCACUGUGACCAUGCUUCUAGCUGUUGCCAUGGUACUGGGGUGUGGCAGCCAGACGGUCUUUAACCCGCUAAACAACGACACGUUGGCCGCUGCACUGCCGUGUUCAUGCAACCACACCGAGUUCUUACCGAUCUGCAGCGAGGGGGUCAGUUACUUCUCCCCGUGCCAUGCUGGCUGCACAAACACGUCCGCCGGGGCGUUUUCUGCAUGCACAUUGAUCCCCAGCGGGUCGGCCGUCGGUGGUUUGUGCGGGAACAGUUGCGGAAUGCUGUGGCCCUACUCCGUGGUCAAGUUCGUCUUGAACCUCGUAGAUGCGAUCGCGUCAAUCCCUAUAUUCCUCGUGUUCUUGAGAUCUGCCGGUGAAGAACGGAAGGCGCUGGCCCUUGGGGUGAGCGCGGCUGUCAUCUCGCUGGGAGCAUGGCUGCCCGGACCGGUGAUAGGCGGCAAGUUGAUUGACAGCUCGUGUUUGUUUUGGAACACCGCCUCCACAUCCGCUCGUUUCUGUGCUCACUACGACAUUGCAGACCAGCGAUACAAGCUAUACGGCACCAUGAUUGGUAUGAGAUUGGUCGGUGUUCUAAUCUCGCUUGUGUCACUGGUGAGUGCCCGGAAACUCAAGUCGUGGGGCCACCAAUCCGCGCAAGAAGAUAAGAACAUGGAAGAACUCGUGGUUCAACACAACCUCCGCGCAGAGAUUUGACUGGAACCAGCAUAGCUGGAUCAAAUUUAGAGCACGGAACGACAACGCUGCGAGGAGAUGCGGUUCAACAGUUACUCAACGUGGAAGUACAAUGUGAACCACAUUCACCAGACUGAUAUGCCUGACCCAUCAGGGCAGAUUUAUUUGUGACUUAUAUUUUGAACGUUUCAAUUUCUUAGCUCGCCUUAGCACAACGUGAUCGUGGUGAGCUUUUUGGGAUACCGUGCGUCCUUACUUCAAAUUUUUAUUUUUAUUCAA